AUGCCUGUUGAGGAGUGGUACUCCCAGCUGCCCAUAAUUACCAAGUCCUACGUCACGCUGUCCUUCCUCACCACGGCGGGAUGUGCUCUGGAGGUCAUCACCCCCUUCAACGUCUACUUCAACGCCCGCCUGAUCUUCCAGAACCUGGAGCUCUGGCGGUUGCUCACCAGCUUCCUGUACUUCGGAGGCUUGGGCCUGGACUUCUUGUUCCACAUGUUCUUCCUGUUGAAGUACAGCAAGCUGUUGGAGGAAGGGUCCUUUCGUGGCCGCAGUGCUGACUUCUUGUGGAUGCUUAUCGUUGGUGGCACACAGUUGAUGCUGCUGGCGCCAUUUGUGAACGUGCAAUUUCUUGGCUUUUCAUUGACAUACAUGAUGGUGUACGUGUGGAGCCGCCGUCACCCCUAUGUGCAGCUGAGCUUCCUUGGCCUGUUCACGUUCUCAGCUCCCUACCUACCAUGGGUGCUGCUGGGAUUCUCUGUUAUGAUCGGCUCCAGCCCUGUGGUGGACAUCCUGGGGAUGAUAGCAGGUCACGUGUACUAUUUCCUUGAAGACGUUUAUCCCCAGAUGAGCGGGCGGCACCUCCUCAAGACACCAGGCAUUGUCAAGGCGCUCUUCCCUACUCCAGAGGUUGCCCCAUUGGUUCAUGUAAGUAUAUGCCUGCGACAUGCCCGAUGGACGCUUGUGCAUUCUGUCACUGUUGAGUGUGGCAUCACAUUCUGA